UCUCAUAACCUGUCUUAAACUUAUUCCCUCGAAUCAUUGAAAUUACUACUUGUCUCCAAUUCCUGAAAUUGUCUCAAAACUAGGGUUAUUGUUGUUGAUGAUUAUGAUGGAUGACGUCGACGUCCUCAUUAUCCGAUUACCACCAUGGCCAAGCUCGCAACUUUGAAAACCUGAUUGAGAUGGCUCGUGGCAAGAGAGGCUCUAAUGUUGCAGCGAGGCGCUCUUCUCCUAGACUUGAUGUUAAUGUGGGGGUUACGCUACCUUCGAGUAUACCCCAAUCGAGUAGGUGUCCUCGGACUAGGUAUGGUGGAAAUGACGGUGCAGGUUGGCAAAACAUCGAGCCUCCUAAUGUUGUAAAUGAGGCUCCUAAUGGGAAUGCCAGGGGAAGAUCUGGACCAAGAACUCGUGGGGGUAUGACUAUUCGUACUGCUAGGACUGCGAGAGGGAUUAUCGAAGCCCAGUUGGGGGUUGAAGGACUCACCAGUUUUAUUAAGAUGCAGAGUGGAUUCAUGGAGAGGCAGAUGGAGAUCCUUGAAAAGCAGUCAGAGACAACUGAGAAGCUGAGUGAAGCACUAGAUAUACAAAAGAAGACUAAACUUAUUGGCAGUGAUUUUAAAAAGUUUAAGAUGUCUCCACCGUCUUUUCAGUGAGGUUCUGAUCCAACGGUGGCACAGGAAUGACUGAAGAAAAUGGAGAAGUACUUUAGAGCUUUGGGGUGUUCAGAGGAACAAAAAGUUAUUUAUGCUACUUUUACGCUGGAGGGAGAUGUAGAGAUUUGGUGGGAAACUAAGGAGGUCAGUUUAUCACUUGAGGGGGAGGAUGUUCCUUAGAGCAGAUUUGUUAAAUUAUUCAGGGAGAAAAAUUUUCCUUGUAUGUCCGAUCUUGCAAGAAGAGAGAACUUAUGGAUUUGCAGCAGGAUAACAUGAUAGCGGAAGAAUAUGAAGCUAAGUUUAAUGAAUUAUCUCGAUAUACACCUAAGCUAGUUGUAGAAGAAUUUGAUAAGAUAGAGAUGUUUGAAAAUGAGCUGAGGUCAGAAAUCCAUACGAAGGUUACACUGGUUAUGUCAAAGACUUUUGAGGAGGCAGUGGAGCGAGCAAAAAGGGCUGAAAAAGCAAGGGAGAAAAGAUUGCGGAUGAACCAAAUAAGAACUAGGUCCAGAAGAAGCGGAUAAGGGAUGAGAGUAAUCAGAAAGAUAAGUCAGCUUUUAGGCCUUUUAAGAAGCCAGCAUUUCGGAGGUCAGGAGUUCCAGUACAGAGAUCGGGACAGUUUGUGCAGAGGACAGGUCCUAUUCAUAGGCAUGAUGGACAGUGUUAUAGAUGUGGUAAUAAUCACAAAGGUUGUUUUUGUCCUUUAUUUCGAGGCUGUUAUGAGUGAGGCAAGCAGGAACAUAUUGCGAAGGAUUGUCCAAUAAAGAAUGGACCCAAGACUGAUGAUCAUAAAGUGAAGCCUACAUCUGGUGAUGGUAAGAAAUCUAAGGCACAAGGGAAAGUAUUUGCCUUGAUGAAGCAGGAUGCUCUUGCAUCUAACUCUGUUGUUACAGAUGCACUCGUUAUUUCCUCUCAGCUCGCACAUGUGUUGUUUGAUUCUGGUUCUUCUCAUUCAUUUAUAUCUCAUAACUUUGCUAGUAAGUUAGGUAGAACUUCGGAAUUUUUAGAAUCUGAGCUAUCAGUUACUACCUCAUCUGGCGAUUGUAUAAUCACUAAUCACAUCUUUAAGGGAUGUGAGGUCGUAGUGGGAGAUCAAACCAUGCCUGCGAAUCUUGUGUUACUUGAUAUUCAUAAUUUUGAUGUUAUUCUUGGUAUGGAUUGGCUCUCUACUUAUCAUGCAUAUCUAGAUUGUUUUCAGAAGCGAGUUUCAUUCAGAAUUUCUGGGGAGUCCGAGUUUUGUUUCGAUGG